CUUGAGCAGAGGUGGAAUUUAGCAGGAAGAAGCAUUGUUGUGUUUGGGUUUUAGUUUUUUUCAGUUAGGCUGAUUACUAGGGUAAACUCACGGCACCCUCCAGCUCAGGCGAGGAGAUUACGAACCAUGGGGCUGCAGAGGCGCUGCCAUCUUUACAUAAAGUUCUGACUUUCUAUUUUAACUAAUACAUUUACUAUCAAAAGAGAACAUUGACUAUCAACAAAUGUUCUAAAGUAAAAAACGUUUUUAUUUCGGCCAUGAAGAUCUCAGCUUUGUGGGUUCUAGUGGAAUGUGCCUGCAGAGUUCUUGGCAUCUCGACUGCUGUAGUGCUUUGUGCAGUGGGUGUAGAGACUCAGAGACAGGGGGAGUUCAACAGCUUGGCCAUCUACCUCCUGUGAGUAUAAUAAGCUGCUGUGGAAGGGUUUCCUCGAUGGUGAUCAUGCUUUUUGAAGUUGCCUAUUUCAUUGACGCUCUGUUGGCAAUGUGCCUUCCUUGUCCACCCACAUGGAAGGUUUUCAUUCUUUGGAAGAAGAUGGCCAAAGUUGGAGGUUUUCAGAAAUUUCUAUACUACACAAUGAUGUCUGUGAUGUGUUUCCUGCAUCCAGUGCUUGCAUGGCAUGCUGUAAUACCAGGAGUUAUGCUGGUAGUGACUGGAUUCUUUAACUUCAUAUUGAGCAAAAAGAAAAAGGCAGAUCUGCCUAAAGAGUCCAGUGCAUCGUACUGUGACCCGGCUCUGUCUUCAGUCUGUGUCCCAGACAGAGGGGACACUGAACACGUCUCUUUCUUCCACGUCAUUUCCGGCAAAAGAGCAUCUUUUUUUCCAAGCAAUAGCCGACUGCAUGGCCCCACAGAGAGGGCUCAGUCAGUGAAGAAUGCCCAACGCAAGAAAAGACAAACAGACAAAAGAAAUGUGCACUUCAUUGAGAGUCUCAGAUGUAGUGAUACUGAAAUGGAAGAAUACCAUGAGGUGGAGCCAGAGGAGACCAUGUCAGAUAAAGCACCAAUGAUUACACUGUAAAUGUGAGUGAUAUAAAUCAGUGUAGGCAUGCCAUGCCAUGUGAAAAGUUAAUACAAAUACCUCUUCUUAGAAUAUAAGGAAAAUAUUUUUAAAUCAAUGUUGUAAACUAUAUAGGGAAAUUCAGUUGGUACAUCAUUAUACGAAAGGUUAAAAUGAAUUAAUUUGUAGGCUAUUUACAUAUAAAUUACACACAAGGAAUUUUUUUAUAAUAACGUUAUA